UCCCAUUGCGGCCGAAAACGGUGCGGAUAGACGACGACUCUUUCUCCUCAUCGCGGCGACGACAUUCUUGCCUGUGCCUCCUUCACGUUCGCUAUCGGUCACACCUCCCGCUGUCGCCUUGGUUGAGCGCUCCUGUGCUGGUAUUAAAGAGGUAUCCCUGUCCGGGCCCAAUGCCAACCGUUGGUACGCGCUGGCACUAGUGGCGACUGGAGGAUAUGAUGAUGGGGGUAGAGCAGGUUGGGAGGAGGAUUUGGUGUGGUAUCGGACGGCCUGCACGUCGUCCACCACGUCGGGUUGGAAGCAGAAGAAGCGCAUGUUCGUUCUGCCGGGGAGAGGUGAAGAGAGGCAGGAUGGUCGUCAGCCUUUCGCAAUCAGCGGACAAGAGGAUGAAUAG